GAAGACACUAUGGUAAGUGUUUGUUUAUCUAAUUUUAAACACACUGAUAUAAAUCUUAGUAUAACAGAAUCUAACAUUUAACCAACGUGUUGUAAUCCAUAAUUGCAGUGUUGCAUUUUGAAAUGUUAAUAAAUUGUGCACAGGUAGGUCUGUAAUUAUAUAGGUCUACAUCCUCGAGACCGUUGGAUAGUGCAAGUACGCACAGCAAAGAGCUCGGUUGAAGAAAAGACUACAAAUAUUGUCACAUGGUAAGAAGGCCCGGAAAUAAUUUCUCUGAAAUCCGCCGAAGAUGAUAACAGUAAAUGUGGCUGACGUAAGAACACAACAGUUUGCAACAGAUAUCACCUUCAUUCUCGAUCGGGAAACGGUUCGGUUACGUACCGCAAAUUGAUUUAUCUUGCUACGAGCAAUGUAGGCUGAUGAAACGGAACAGACGGCAAAAACUUCGUAUAACUACACAUUAUUCUACAUGGACAAAGACAAGUUAGCUGUGAGCCAUGACCCAUGCUCCUGGUUUGAGAUGCACCAGUUCAUUGGAGACCUGAUGGUCUCUGGGGGGGCUCUGGGGCUAAAAGACGCCCCACCAGCAGCCCCAGGCUCAGCUCAGCCCAGACAGGCCCCGGCAGAGAGCAUUAGAGAGGCCAGAGACGGAGACGUCAGUGGACAAGCUCAGCAUCAUACCUGCACUUGCCCUGGCUGCCCCUACUCUUCCUCCUUCCAGACCAUAAAGCCCAGCAGCACCUACAGCCCAGAGCUCAGUCAGCCCCAGAGUCAGGCCAAGGAGACCAGCACCCAGAGCCCCAGCCCAGCCCCUACCACUCCCACUAACCAGGGUACUUCUUCACCAAGCCCCCUGCCUCAAAUCCCCACCUUCCCUUGUUUCUGCUGCCGGCGGGGCUUCCAGACCUGCACCCAGCUACUGCACCACCAUCAGGGGGCAGCAGACUUUCCCUUCUCCCAGACACACACCCACUACCACCACCACUGCCCACUUACCACCUGCCUGCCCCUCCACCACUCCCACCCUGGCCUGGCCCCUGGCACCUUCCCCUGCCUGUCCUGCCAGCAUUCCUUCCCCUCCUGCUCCCAGCUCUUCCGCGACCAGCAGGGCAACACACCCCCCCAGAACCAUGUUGGAGGGGUGACCAUAGUGUCCCCCACCCUACACCCAUGCAUGCACUGUACAGCCUCCUUCCCCCGACCCUCUCAGCUGCUACAGCACCAGCGCACCCAGCAUGCUCACAAGGCCGGCGGCUUCCUGUGCACCGAGUGCGGGCGCGCCUUCAACUCCCACUCCAACCUCCGCAUCCACCUCAAUGUACACACCGGCGCCCGGCCCUACUCAUGCCCUGACUGCGGCAAGAGCUUCAGCCAGUCGGGAGCGUUAAAGAUCCACCGGCGCAUUCACACUGGGGAGAGACCCUAUGCCUGCACCUACUGUGGGAGGGGCUUCCCCCACCUGGCCGGGGUCCGGGCCCACCAAAGGACCCACACAGGUGAGAAGCCCUACCGCUGCACCCAGUGUGAGAAGUGCUUCACCCAGUCGGGGGCACUGAAGAUCCACACAAGGAUCCACACCGGGGAACGGCCGUUUGUGUGCAGCCUCUGUGGGAAGGGCUUCUCCAAUCGCUCCGGCAUCCGCUUCCACCAGCGCACUGUCCAUGGGAUGGUGUCAGAUAUGGGAGGGGGUGGAGGAGCCGGUGGGUCCCAUAGGGGGAGACAGAGUCUAGACAGCUCAGCUGCUGUGGGACGCCCCAGUGCCAAUCCAAACAGGUUACGCAACAACCCCCAUACUGACGUGAGCUCCAGCAUUACUCCUGCCCCGACCAAAAUCCUUUCCCCUGGGUCUCUCCGUGCUCCUCCAGGGUCAGGUGUGACUGUAACAUCAGACAAAGAGCUCCAGUUCCAGUCUAGCAGUGUGAAGAUCCCCUCCAGGAGAGCAGAACCGGGCAGUAGCAGGGAAGGGAGGGCUCAGCUGUACACCUGUGAGGACUGUGGGCUGCUUUUUGGGGAUGCUCCCUCCAGAAACCGACACCAAACUGUGGUGCACUACUCUACAGAAGGGGUAGAGGAGGAGGGCCUGGGGGACACUGGGGGGACGGGUGAGAGAGAGAGGGGGAAGAGGGAGAGAUGGUAGAUGGAAGCUUGAUGCAGUACAUCGUUGGAUCAAAGGCUAAGGGAGAGGUGGGGGAAAAUGGAGAGGUGAGAAGAGGCAGAAAGCUUGAGACUCAUCGAGGGAAAAAAAGAUAAAGCUAAUUCCACAGUGAAAAAUAAACUGUCUCUAUCAAUGGGAUAUAUUACUUAUUUGAGAUUGAAUUUCCACUUUAAAAGAUGCACUAAUUUUCACAUUUUGGGAGUCCAGUUUUCUGUUUGUCAAAAAGCCAAGUACCAUGAUUAGGCUACUAAAGAUGAUUAUUUGAGAGCUUUUGAUUAUUUUUGUAUUUAUUUUACUGGUUUGGCAAAAUCCACAGAUAACGUCAUCCAAAUGUAUGACACUGUAAGACAUUGUCCCAUAGGGCGGUGCACAAUUGGCCCAGUGUCGUCCGGGUUAGGGGAGGGUUUGGUCGGGGUAGGCCGUCAUUGUAAAUAAGAAUUUGUUCUUAACUGACUUGCCUAGUUAAAUAAAAAGUAAGUGAAGAGGUGAAGAUAUGUUGUAUUUAGCAUCAUUAUGUAAUUUAUAUUUUGUAAUAAUAGAAUCUGAUAUUGUAGGCCCGUAUAAACUUGUGUAUAUCAGUUUAUCUAUCUAUUUAGCUCAUUGUGCCUUUGAUCUCAGAUUAGAUCAUUCAUGUACAUAAAAAAUACAUAUAUUUGCAUAAACCACACUGUACUAAGCUUCAUGACCACUGAUAUGUUAAAGUGGUUUAGUGAUUUUAUUGAGGAUCAAUAUCUUCACUGUUGGAAGAUAUUUCUUAUACAGAGUAUAUUUUUUAAUCAGGAUCAUUUCUCAGAGACACAUGGUUUGUUGACCUGUUUUCUAUUGCUUCAGAUCUUCACCUAGUGGUCAUUUAGAAGCAUAGCAGCAGAAACACAGGCUCUGAAACUAGUCUGUCUAGGCUACAGGUGUCAAACUCAUUCCACGGAGGUCCGAGUCUCUGCGGGUUUUAGCUGCUCCCUUGUCCUUGAUUUAUGAAUUAAGGUCACUAAUUAGUAAGGAACUCCCCUCACAUGGUUAUCUCAGGCUUAAAUGAAAGGAAAAACCAAAAACCUGUAGACAUUAGGCCCUCCAUGGAAUGAGUUUGACACCCCUUCUCUAGAUCACUGGUUCCCAAUCAGUGGUACUAGGACCCCUGGGGCUACUUGGCCUAUCCACAGGGGGUGCUUGGGAACUCAUGAGACCAUAGGCCUACUGGUAAAAUGCACAUGAGGGGGGUACUUCAGCAGUGGAGGCUGCUGAGGGGAGGACGGCUCAUAAUAAUGGCCGGAAUGGAGUAAAUGGAAUGGAAUCAAACGCAUGAAAACCAUUUGUUUGAUGUAUUUGAUACCAUUCCACCGAUUCCGCUCCAGCCAUUAUCAUGAGCGUAUCCUACCAAAUGAAGGUACCACCAACCUCCUGUGCUUCAGGGGUAGUCCGGACCGAGCACAAUUCAGUUGGUGGUCCAGUUACUGAAAAAGGUUAAGAACCACUGAUCUACACAUCUGUGUUUCCUCCCACCAUUUUCAAAUGCUACUGUUGCCUAGGGUCUUUUGUUUCAGACACUGAACUAUUGAAACUUCUGUUUGGCCAACUUCCCUUCUUUGGUAUUCUGUAGCCUCUAGGGCAGUUCAAAAGGCUGAUUGAGGACCUUUUUACUGGAGAUUGUGUUGGUUUUCUAUUUUCUAUGAUUGUGUAUUGAUGUGAAUAUUUGUGUAUAUUGAUGUAUAUAGUGUGUAUGUAUACCGGGCUCAUCUGUAAAAGAGACCAUGGUGUUAGCAUGACUCCCUGUCAAAAUACAUUUUAUAUAUCCAUAUGUUUUUCCACAUAGACCAGUUUUCAGUAAAUGAUUGCCUCAGUCAUUCAGGGUUUUUCAACAACAACAUCUAUUGGGCCUUAUGUAAUGAUCAUUUCACUCCAGCCUCUUUGACCCAAUAUGUGCUUCUGAGUGUCUCAGAUGUUUACUAACUGGUAUAAACUGAUACUAAAACCACGGUCAGCUGGGAUUCCCAACAACAGGCAAGGCUUGUAUAAGGUCUCCCAGAUAAUUGUAUCAGACAUAUAGCAUGACAAGCCACUAGUGAUGACACUACAGAAAUUGAAGAAUUGGUUUGCCAGAAACAGAAAAAAGGAAUCAAAAUGACGAAUCAAAAUGUGUCCAUGAAAAGGCUAUGUUUCAAGUGUGUUAACUCUACCUCGAAACUCUACAUCAGCAUUUCGCAAUAGAUUAUUUUGUUCUCGGUUUUGCAAGUGUUUAUUUGGUCGCGCUGAAACGAUCUCAAGUGCUGCGUAAAAUCAGGCGACGCAGAACAGUCCUCAUGGGUAAAAAACGGCAUCCCCAUGCUUAAAGAGCGUCCUUCCACUUGUCAUAGAUAAUUAAGUGUACACGGAACCAUUUUCGGGCUCACCAGAAGUAGGGACAGGUUUGGUUAAGGACAGAUAAUUGACUUCUAGAUGGCGAAAGCUCCUGUGUGUGGCAAAAGCUCGUGUGUGACAAAAGCCAUGAAUGACACGAUCAGUGCGAUCCGGGAUCUUUGGGACAUCCCUACCCCAUUAAAGUAGAAUUUUUAAAUGUUAGGUAAGUGUUGUGGUUGUGGGUAGGGACUUUCCAAUGAUCUCGAAUAGCACUGACCUGCUUGAAACUGAUACAUCAACAUCCUGAGCGCACGGAGACAAGUGACGCACUAACGAGUGAUUGGUAUUUGGAGCGUAUACUCCCAUUGUUAUCAAUAUACACACGUCUUGUUUUUACUUAAUAUAUACGACAGUGGAGAACAGUUAUUUAAAACCAAACAGAAAUAAACACUUUAAUAAAAACAUUCGGCACGUGGAAAGAAA